AUGGUCAACCGCGGCCGGUUGUCCCUAGCCUGUGCACCCUGUCGGGCAAAAAAGUUGAGGGUUAGACUCCUGGUUAUUCCCAUUGACAAUACCUCUUCUUUCUUUACAGAAGUUUUACUAACUACGGGAUGCUAUGACUAUCAGUGCGACCUACAGCCUGAUACCUGUGGGCAGUGCCGUAGGGCUAGAACCAUAUGCCACGGCUACCGCAACCCCGAUGCCCUACAGUUCCAUGAUGAGUCGCUGUCCAUUGAGACAAAGGUAGUCGCGCGGCGUAGUAAGACCCCAGUGAAGCUGUUGCCGACUCAGCCGACCGGCUUCGAACUGAGCUGGGAUGCCAAAGCCCGUUACGCUUUUUUCUCAACAUACAUCGCUAGCUUCACCCGGAGCAUGGGCGAAGUUCCAUUCUACUAUCGGACGGCGCAGGCCUCUGAUCACCUUUCAGCCAGCGUCGAGGCCGCCAGCUUAGCUUUCAUGGGCUCGCAACUUCAUAGUGCUCAACUCAUAGGCUUGGCAAACUCGAGAUACAUCGUGGCGAUCCGGCGGCUGAACCACGCCCUAGUGUACAUGGAUCCGCAGCAGGCCGAGAAGCUCCUCCAGUCGGUGCUACUUCUCGACAUGUACGAAAAGAUGGUCCACCGAAAGCCUGGGGCAACACAGUCAUGGAUAAGCCAUGCUAAAGGCGGUUUAUCGCUUCUUGACACCCAUGCGCGCGAUAUUAUCUCAACGCCUACUGGUUGUCAGCUCGCGGCCCGCCUUACCGCAGCUGUCACCGUCACGUCUAUGACAGUCGGAGAGUGUAUUCCUAAUCAACUAAUGGCGCUACGCCGGAACAUUCACCAUCGGGUUCAUAGCCCCAAGUGGACUUUCUUGGGGAUUUUAGCCCACAUUGCCAACCUUAAAACGCAGGCUGACAGAGGAGAAAUAUCGAAAGCCCAAAUAGUUGUAAAAGCAAGAGGUUUGUACAGCCAGCUGGAUGAACUUGACAGGAUGCGGACUUCCUCUUGGGAGCCUCAAAGGAUACAAAAUCCAGGGGAAAACACGCUGGUAUUGGGAGACUACUACGACGUUUAUCCUGAUCAUUAUAUCAACCAAGUCUCAAAUGCUUUUCGAACUGCGCGUCUUCUUCUUCAUAAAAUAAUCAGACAGCAUGCACCGGAGCACUUUAACCAGUCAGCAGAGGAUUCUUGCGGGGAUAUUAAUAGGAUGGUGGAUCAAACCUGCGCCUCAGUACCGCAGUUCAUACUACGUGGCGUACGAGAUACAAACGCCCUCCCGUUCUCACCCCUGCAGCAACUACAAUGCAGUACCUUACUUGCCCCAUUGUUUUUUGUUCAUCAGAUGACUGGUAACCCCCUGGUUCAAAGCUGGAUCGGACGGUGUCUGAAUUUUAUGUGGACAUCGGGAGGGUUGAGAGCAGCUAAGGAAGUUCUCGAGCUGAUUGAGACACAGCCCGACUUGGAUUACUGGACAGUCCAUGCAAUGACCGGUAGUUAUGCAUUCACGGCUUGA